CUCGAAACAGCUGCACACGACGUUUCUGACACCCAAUUUCUUCGCAGCUAUAUAGACCUCAGGACGCCUGUGUCGCGUGCUUGUUCGACAACGACAACAAAGCCAGACUCCCAAGCUUGAAGUUUUCUGGACGCCACCAGGGCAUCCCACAGUAGUUCAACGGGGCACUUACACGGCAGUGCAUCACCAUACUAGGAGCCACACUUUACGAGUUGUGCACUCGGAAUCUGCAACCACAAGCACCGAGACGAGACGAGAGCUCUACAAAAGAAAACAAAACAGUCGACAAAAUGUGCCAAUAUUACAUGCACUCGUUCUUGUGCAAGCACACGUCCUAUUCAUUCGCCCGCUUCUGCGACAAAGCCAAUCUGAUCCAGACGCCAUGCGGGAGUAAGCAAGUGUGGCAUACAAUCUGCAUGGACGAUGCCUGCGACGAAUGCCUCACGUGGUUUCCCGACAAGUGUUAUCCUCGGCCAACGAAUACAACGAGACGUGCUGCAGCGGCGGCGAUCGGCAAGGCAUGAUUGUAUGCUAUCCGACCACCAUGCUCUGACGAUUUACAACCGCACCAACCCGGUACGAGCAUUAGCGAACGGACAAAUCAACCGUCUUCUUCAUCAUCCUUCCUUUUAUCGGGGUCUGCGAUCUACGGCGUGUCCUUCUGGUGGCUCCUUUGUCUUUUUUUUCGGCCCGGCUCGGCGUUAUCUCGUUUCACUGCACGGCGCAAUAAUUUGCCUGACAUUCCCGCCCUCACCGGCCUCCAUUUCUUCCGUUGAGCAUGGCGGGUUCGCGUUAUACAUUUGUCUUUUUCACACGUCUUUCCGGCUUCCCGCGCCCACCUGUUAUGGCGUCGUGUGCUCUGUGUCAAGGGAAUCAUAUUGGGAGCAUGUAGACUUCAAAGGCGCGAAGCUGGCGAUGUCCCAAAGCGAUUGUAUCUUUCCUCUCCUGGUUUUCUUUUCUCCCUCCUGAUACCCUAUUCGUCUGUUUUUGCUCUUUUCACAGUACCACUUCGCCAUCGAAGUGACCAUAG